CAGGGUCCGGGCGCGGCACACGGGCGGGGACACGCGAAGACGCACACCUGGAGCCACAGAUGCCCCAGGAUGGGGUCACGACUGCAGAACGCGCGGCCUCGCGAGCGGGGGACGCGCACCCCCACCCCAGAGAGGGACGGUGACACAAUGGGGGGCCACCCACACGCGCCAGAGGCGCCGACGCCGAGAACGAGCGCAACACAAAGAAGCCGAGAGUGGACACACAGGUGGUCUAAAGCCGCGGGGAAAAUGGUGGAAAAUUCCCCGUCGCCAUUGCCAGAAAGAGCGAUUUAUGGCUUUGUUCUUUUCUUAAGCUCCCAAUUUGGCUUCAUACUAUAUCUUGUGUGGGCUUUUAUUCCUGAAUCUUGGCUAAAUUCCUUAGGCUUAACCUACUGGCCUCAAAAAUAUUGGGCGGUCGCGUUGCCCGUCUACCUCCUCAUUACUAUAGUAAUUGGUUACGUUCUCUUGUUUGGAGUAAACAUGAUGAGUACCUCUCCGCUCAACUCCAUUCAUACGAUCACAGAUAACUAUGCCAAAAAUCAGCAGCAGAAGAAAUACCAAGAAGAGGCCAUCCCAGCAUUAAGAGAUGUUCCUAUUAGUGAAGUAAACCAAAUGUUCUUUCUCGCACCCAAAGAACUUACGCCAAAAACUAAAUUGUAGUAGAAUAACAACAGUAUUUAUUAUUAAAAGUUUCUGAUGUAAUAAUUUUGACUAUAAUUAUUUUUUCUCUCUUAUGAAA